AUGUACUACCUACGCCGCAUUACCAUCUUUCUCGCCUUCCUGCUAUCCAUCUCGUUCCUGGCAUGGUUCCUACCCCGCUACCUUAAUCCCAACCCGCCUGAUCCGGCCAAGCAGCGUGAGGACAAGAGAUGGAUCAGUAGCAGCCCGUACUGGCUCGAUCGCCAGGCAUGCCGAUGGUUGAGCCUUUGCGGUGUACACCAUUUGUCGUGGGAUCCUGCGGCUUUGUUCCCCUUCAAGAACAAUACCGAUGCUGGCGAUUUGCGCCUUGAGCUCCGGUCCCUGUACAACGACGAGGGACGCCAUCAUGGUUGGGAAUCGGUCUCCAGAGGUCGGAAACCGGAGGUCAAAUCGGAUCCAAAGACGCUCAAGGAAAUCCCCGACUACGUUCUAAAGUAUGCGCCGCUUGUUCACCUGUACUCUGGCGAGAACUUUUGGCCUGCCGACAUCGCGGAACACAUCAAGCACAUGACACCCUACCUAAAGAAGGAAGCCUUGAAUCGGUCGAUUCUCCUUUCGGACUUGAACGAGCUCAACAAGGAGGAUGGCAUGGUUUACUUGACGAGCAACGACGACGUGGAGAAGAGACCGGAGUGGUUACACAGCCACGUUGGCAUACCUGAGCCCUGGAACGACGACGCAGACGACGGUGAGAAGGACGGUGAGGAUGACGGCAGGGGUGACCAGUCCACCGACGACCCCGACCACAUGCGAAAUCCCACAGAAGGCACGACAUGGUUCGAUGUCUCGCGCGACCACCCAGUUUCCCGCAUUUCGGACCCUCGUCGCCUAGCCCCACAGUUUGCACCCUCAGCUGCUCGCUCCGGCGGCUUUCACCUCCGCCGCCGAGAUCAAAAGCCGAUUCCCGAUACGCCUACCCACAAGCCUAAUCAGGAAGGCUACUCCAAGGCCCCCGCUGUCCUCGUUCUCGUCGACAAGGGUUCGGGUAUUGUCGACGCUUUCUGGUUCUUCUUUUACUCGUACAACCUGGGACAGACAGUUUUGACCAUUCGUUUUGGUAACCAUGUCGGCGAUUGGGAGCACUGCAUGAUGCGCUUCGAAGAUGGCGUUCCUCGUGGCGUCUUCUUCUCCGAACACGAAGGUGGUCAGGCCUACACGUACCAUGCCGUUGAGAAACGAGGUGACCGCCCGGUUAUCUACUCGGCUGUUGGAUCUCAUGCCAUGUAUGCGCAGGCUGGCGAGCAUCCUUACGUCUUGCCUUUUAAGAUGCUCAAGGACGUUACCGACAAGGGCCCUCUCUGGGACCCCGCCAAGAAUGCUUACUCGUACUGGUAUGACUACGUCCAGGACUUGGACGAAGAUUUAGACGAUGAUCUCGAUGACGAGGUCGAUGUCGCCAGCGGACAUCAAAAGGACAACAAUACCAGUCUCGUGCCUACCGCAGAGAAUCCCGACGCGCCAACCUCCUGGUUCCACUAUGCUGGCCCUUGGGGUGACAAGCUCUACAGCCUCGCCGAUAUGCGACAGUGGCGUCUCUUUGCCCAGUAUCAUUACGUUUCGGGUCCUCUGGGCCCCAAGUUCAAGCGUCUUGACCGCGAAAAGCUUUGCAUUACCAACCGGUGCCGUAUCCUCAACAGCCUGAAGCCAGGACAGACUUGGUACGGAUAG